AUGUCUAGCCCUUCCAUGGCAUUCAAUAGCAGGCACUAUCGAGAUUGGCCUGCCUACCAGGCCGGCUCAGUGAUGCGGCCUGCGCAGAUGCUCUACGCAUACUAUACGCAAAGUCCAGCGGACUACCACGACGCCCUCAUGCCCAUCCACUCAUUCGUUUAUACUCGAGUUCUGAUCUUCCUUAUGGGAACGAUGGGUCCGACCCCCUCGUUCCAGAAGAACGUCAACUCGCGCUUCGUGUACUCGGAAUCUAUACUUGGGGGCGCCCUCAUUGCCGUCAGCCACUCCACCAAGCCCGAGGCAAUUGCAGUUUAUGCGAGUAUUAUGCACAUGGUGGGAAAGGUCUCGCUGUGGGCGCGGAGAAGGCAUGAUGCCGAACGGUAUGUCGCAGUAUCAGACCUCCACCAUCGUGAAUAUCGCUAA